CAAAUAUUAUCGGCCCAUUUCCAAAAAAAUCCAUUUUUUGUCACCCUGCGAGUAGCCUUUUCUCAUCGUGUCUAGUCUCUAUGCUUCCACGGUUCCACACUUCCACCAGUCCUCUACAGCUCUACUGUUUCUAGCAACUAUUCUUGAUUUGGACUAGCUUUAGCCGUUAAGUAUCCCUCUUUAUGAGUAGCUGCUGCCGUAGCCACUCAUUUAGCACACCGACGGCUCUGCCUUUACUGAAAGCCUUCUGUCAUCUCCUUCGAAUAUUUCAUCGCACAAAACAACAAAGAAGAACCUUCGGAAAUCGUCGACUAGAGCUGCUGAGCAUUUUGUGAGCUUUCUCCAUACUAACGAAGAAGAACCUCAAAGCAUCUUGGUUAAGAUAUUGAAGAAGAAGAAGAAGUACAUGGAGCACAAUGAGGACUUGAUGAAAAAAAAGUAAACAGCCCCUUACUCAAAUACUACACAACACUACAACAGGGUUCAAACCCCAAUUCAGUCAGUUUCGCUUCGUCAGUUUCAUCAAUGAACAGAUGGAAUGUGAAUUUUUUUCAGUACAGAUGUUCAAAUUUCGCUGGAUUUCAAGACGGUCCGUUAAGGCCUUUUCACCCACACCCCAAAUGCGUCUGAUAAGAUGCCUCUAUGAGCCUAAACAUUAUUUUCCAUCCAUCGAAUGUUUUGCUCUCUCCUACACUACUCUUCAUGCUUCGGAAAGAGAAACCACCCGAAAGAGUUUACCAUUUAAAGAUUUGAAAGUUCUGAAAUUGCAAGCCCCCAGCAGGUUUAGGAGUUCUACCGGAAAAAUGUGUUCGGGAAAUAGUGUGCUUGUGCCAUUGGGGGUUCAUGUGGACCAAGGAACUCAAGGUAUUAAAAAGGUUAGUCAAAGUAAAAUGAGAGUGCUAAACUGGUAUUCAGAAGUGUUCCGAGGUUAUGCGGAAAAAAUGUUCUUAAAAGAAGGAAAAGUGCUUCAUGGGGAGCUGGUUAGAAAUUUAAUUGACCUAGAUGCACAUGUGCUUGUUUCCUUGAUCAAUUUUUAUGCUAAAUGUGGAGAUCUGAAUUCUGCACGCAAAGUGUUCGAUCAGAUGCCUGAGAAGGAUGUUGUAUCAUGGACAGCACUAAUCUCAGGAUAUCUACCUGAACGUAAUCAUAUUCAAAUUGUUGGAUUAUUUUGUGAGAUGCGGAGGGAAGGUGUAAUCCCUAAUGGGUUUACAUUGUCCACAGUUCUGAAGGGUUGUUCUAUGUGCUUGAAUUUAGAGCUUGGGAAACAGUUGCAUGCUAAUGUAGUAAAACUUGUCACCUCAGACGUUUAUUGUAGUUCUGCGCUUAUUGAUUUCUAUGCUAAAUGUCAUGAGAUAGAAGAUGCGAAAAAAGUAUUCCUUCAUAUGCCAGAACCAAAUUUAGUGUCUUGGAAUGCUUUGCUUAAUGGGUAUGCACAAGAAGGCGAUGGACAAGAGGUCUUAAGAUUGUUUUGUUGUUUGUCUGAGUCAGAAUUCAGGUUAAACAAUUACACAUUAAGCACUGUUCUAAAGAGUUGUGCUAACGAGGGCAACUUGGGAGCUGGCCAAGUAGUUCAUUCAGUGGCAAUAAAGAUUGGAAGUGAACUUGAUGACUAUAUAAGCACUAGUCUAGUAGAUAUGUAUUCCAAGUGCCGACUGCCUGAGGAUUCUCUUAAAAUAUUUAAGAGAAUAAGAAGUCCUGAUGUUGUCUCGUGGAGUACAAUGAUAUGUAGUCUUGAUCAACAUGGAUAUAAAAAAGAAGCAGUCUCUGUUUUUCAAAUGAUGAUGCAUUCUGGCGUGAGACCUAAUCAGUUUACUCUUGCAAGUGUCAUUAGUGCAUCUGCUGAUUUAGGUGAUCUGUUUUUUUGCAAAAGCAUCCAUGCUCGUGUUUUGAAAUUUCGACUUAACUCCGAGAAUUUGGUGAGCAACACUCUUAUCUCAAUGUACAUGAAUUUUGGAUUAAAUAAUGAUGGCUACAAAGUUUUUUGCUCUAUGAAUUCAAGGGAUGUUAUUACUUGGAAUGGGCUUUUAUUGGGAUUUCAUGCUGAUAAAACAUUACACGAGGGGCCGAAGAUUUUCAGUCAGAUGCUUAUUGAGGGAUUCAAGCCAAAUCUGUACACAUUUAUAAGCAUUCUGAGGUCUUGUUCCAGCCUGUCAAACAUUGGUUUUGGGAAACAAGUACAUGCUCAUGUAGUUAAGGAGAACUUGAGCGGAGAUUGCUAUGUAGGAACUGCUCUGAUUGACAUGUAUUCUAAAUGUGGGUACCUGAAUGAUGUUGAAGUUAUUUUCACUAGGUUGACUCAGAAAGACGUAUUCACAUGGACAGUGAUGACUUCAGGCUAUGCACAAAGUGAUCAAGGAGAAAAGGCCUUUGAAUGCUUAAGUCAGAUGUUGAAGGAAGAUGUCAAGCCAAAUGAAUUUACUCUUGCAAGCUGUGUGAGUGGCUGUUCACGUAUAGCCAGCCUUAGUAAUGGAAGGCAGCUGCAUUGCUUAGCAGUUAAAUCUGGGCAUUUCAGUGACUUGUUUGUGGCCAGUGCAUUGGCUGAUAUGUAUGGUAAAUGUGGGUGCAUUGCUGAUGCUGAGACUCUGUUUGAAGGCAUUGAGUCAUAUGAUACUGUGUUGUGGAACACAAUUAUAUGUUCAUACUCUCAGCAUGGGAUGGGCAAAAAAACCCUACAAGCUUUCAGGAGGAUGUUGAAUGAAGGUAUUUUGCCUGAUGCAACUACUUUCAUUGGCGUUCUUUCUGCAUGUAGCCACUUGGGCUUGGUUGAUGACGGGAGAAAACACUUUGAGUCGAUAACCAGCACUUAUGGAAUCAUUCCUUCUCCUGAGCAUUAUGCUUGUAUGGUUGAUAUCCUUGGUCGAGCCGGAAGAUUUGAUGAGGUGGAAAAGUUCAUUCAGCACAUGGAGCCGACUCCAGAUGCAUUAAUCUGGGAAACUGUUCUUGGUGCUUGUACAAUUCAUGGAAAUGUUGAAUUGGGAGAAAUGGCAGCGAAGUUUUUAUUUGAACAUGAACCUAAAGUGGAUUCGAGUUACAUAUUGCUGUCCAAUAUAUAUGCCGCAAAGGGGAGGUGGAAGGAUGUGGCCAAGAUGAGAGCGUUUAUGUCUGAUCAGGGGGUUAAAAAGGAACCUGGCUGUAGUUGGGUUGAAGUUGACACUCAAAUCCAUGUCUUUCUAUCUCAGGAUGCCUCACAUCCAAGAAUAAGCGAUAUACAUGCAAAACUGGAUGAGCUCUGUUUACAACUUAAUUCAGCAGGCUAUAUUCCAAACAAGGAUCAUUCACUUCAUAAUGUACAAGAUCAGGAAAAAAGAGUAAACCUCAUUCAUCAUAGUGAAAGGCUGGCUCUAGCUUUUGCACUCAUAAGUAAUACUACAAACCAUACCAUAAUAAUCUUCAAAAAUCUUCGGAUAUGUGGAGAUUGCCAUCAAUUCAUGAAGUUGUCGUCAUUAAUAACGCAUCGAAAAAUAGUUAUUCGGGAUGUUAAUCAUUUUCAUCACUUCUGUGAUGGCACGUGUUCCUGUAAUGAUUAUUGGUGACAUGAUCUUGACCAGCUAGCCUAUUGUUAUUGUUCUCAUCUCUACCAGGCUUCAUUGAUAUUAUUAUUCCUAGAUCAUGAACUAAAUAGCCUGAGACUACUAUUUACAUUCAACUCACUAUUGGGUCUAGCGCUUCUUAACUUCGGAAGUGCAAUAUUUAGUUCAGAUGAUUUUCUUCGCCAGUAGAGAUCCAAAGAUCCUGAUCCAGUGCGAAUAGCUGAUUGAUGAGGGUAAUUGUUUGAGUGGACAUACACAUUCCUGAUGGAGUAGGAAACCUUCAUGAUCUUGGAAACGUAAAAGAGAUUGGUAUCAACUAUCAAGUGCUCCACUGCUCCAAACUAGAUUGGCAAUGAGGCGGAUGUAAUGUGGCGAAGGGCAAGUGUUCGAACAACAAGUGGUAGUGUUUUUCCAACAAUUUCCAGGUUUGGCAUAUUUUGCGGGUUUGUGGCGGCCUGGGUCUUAUCUGGGUCCGGAUGGGUCACUGGGUAAUCCCAGUUUUAACCAUAUUGACGGUUCAAUGAUCAACCGGACCGGAUUCAAAGCUGGUUUGGCGGUUUUCGGGUCGGACCGGCCGGUCUGGUUCGGUUCUUUAAACAUAGGGACUCAGUUUUCCUUACAGGUAACCAGUAUAUCCUUAUAAUCCCUAUUCAGUACGCUUAUAACUUUUUCAACUUUUUCUGAAUACGUCCAAUACGAGAAGAUAAAAUCCACUCAUUUCCUUAAUGAAAGGGAGUAUACAAGAUGGUGAGUGCUUUGCAAGUGGUAGGAAGGGGUGUUUCUGGACACAGGGAGCUCUGCCUAGAACUGAAAUAGAAUUUUUUUCUUGCCUUGAAUUUAAGUUUAAGAGUAUCCUAUCCAAUUGUGUUUAGCUGUUUUUAUGAUACAUCAAUGCUCUGCAAAAUUUCAGUGUUAUCGGUUAUAGACUAUAGUAGUGCUUGAAGGGCCAAGCUCUCUGGUUCUAGGAGCAAUCCAAGCUAGAAUAGCACCACAAAGAUUUUUUUUUUCACUAUGAAAUUAAAAGAGAGCAGUUAUGGCAAACAUGAGCUGGGAUUUAGGGCCUAUAUGUAUGUUGUAUGCAUGUGAAUUUCAGCAGAAAAGUUAUCAUUGACAUUAAUAAGGUAAAGUUUGUAUGCAUGUGCGUUUUAAGACCAACUGAAAAAGAACUUCACCAACAUGUCUAUUGUCAAACUAGGAUUCUUUGUGAAUGAACAUAACAUUUCAUAAGGAACGUCAUUAAAAAAUCACAGGACAUUGCCCACAUCUGUAUAAAAGGGCAUCACAUCUAACUUGGAGAUCACAAGUUCACAAAAAAUAUUCUAUGUAAAAUGUAGUUUACAAAAAGAGUGAACUUGCUUCUAAUGAGUAUAAUUUUAAGCACUUCAAGAGUUGAUUGAGAGAUUUGGUUACACAUAUUUGUGACUCUUAAUCAAUUGCUGCAUCAUAUUGCAUUUCAAUUUAUGUGAACAGAAAUGAAGUAAGCAUGAUCUCCACUAUGCUUUGGUCAAUGCUUAUCACUUUUCUCCAAGAAUCAGAUGCACAUACCGUUCUCUAUGCUAUAUUUCCAAAUGCUUAUCACAUCACUUAACUGCACUUGUUUACUAUCUUCAAUGUUUCUUAUUUAUAUCUCUAUUGGUUCUUAUUUUCCAGGUUCCUCAAUUGCUUCAUUAGCACUCUUAGUCUGCUAGGAGGUACUAUAGAGUUGAUGUAGGGUGAUUCGUUAUAUCUAGACUACAUAUUUCCACUUUACAUGUGAAAGAAUGACUUAGUUCUUUUGUUUAUUUUUUACACAUUGACUAUCAAGUGACAUUUCUGUAGUUUUUAUGCGUAUAUUUUGAUGCAUAUGUUUCUAUAUGCUGCAAACAUAUGUUUCUGGAGGCACUACAAAAUCAACUGUACUUUUAUAUUUGGUUUCAAGCAAGGGAAAGAGCUGGGUACCGGGAAGUCUUUCUCCGGAUCCUUUGCAAUGGCCUAGCAAUGCACGUCCAUGGCACCUUUUAGAGAUUGCCGGAUUGGGAGAAGAAAGCAAACCAGUCCCUAAGCUCAUUUGGCAGAGGAAGUGACAAGGGAAGGAGCAAAGUAUGUUGGAAGACUAUGAGGCAUGUGGAAGACGGCAGUGGCGGACCCAAAUAUACUCUAAAGCGGGGCACUUUCGCAUGAAUUCGAACGAGUCAGUUUGGAUUACCAACCGUUCAACUAAGGACUUCAGCGGUUGUAACGGAUAUUGGCAUAGAGCUCCAUGCCGAUGAGAAGCCUUAGUCACGUUUCUUGUGGCACAAAAUCGAAAUACAAUAAUAUAAUCUCAGUCAAAUUUGAGUGUAAAAACUGAGCAUGAAUAUAAUGACUAUCCUAUUAUAAUCAAUAUAUGUAGGUCACCUUUUUAUAAAACCACUAUUAAUUUAGACAUAAGUAUGUAUUGUAAUUAUUUAUGAAAAAUGUCAUUUAUCAUAAAAUUGUGU